AUGGCCAACAAGCACAUGAAAAGAUAUUCAACCAACACAAUGUUAAAGAAGAACAAGUUGGAGGACUGCCGCUACCAGACUUCAAGACUUAGUAAAAGCUACAAUAAUCAAGACAGUGUGAUGAGCCAGGCAAGGCACCAAACUGCCUGCUUUGUCCUUCAGCUCUGGCCAAGGUCCCCAGCCUCUCUUCCUGGAGCAUUCGGUUUUGACCUGGGCCCCACGUCCAGCUCUGCCCUGACUCUCAGGUCCACCCUGGAAAAGUCAGGAGACACCCAGGGAGAGAAGGCAAUGGCCUCCUCCCGCCUUGAUGUUCCAUGGCGCAGCGAUGCUGGAGCAUCCACUUUAACCCCCAACAAAUCCUCCCCGUGCCAGGGACUGAGAGGUUGGUGGGGGGCAGCCCCUGCGCUCCCAGAGCUCACAUUCCACGGGGCUGUGCACCAAAGCAAGGCCUGUCGGACAUAGUUAAAAGCACCCGAUUCUCUUGACAUCAGACUCAAUCUUCUGGGAAGAUCCCCCUCCCCUUGACCUCCCCUGAUACAACUGAACAGAGCUCCAGAAAGACACAGUUGGCAAGUUAUCCACCACUUCCCCCCCUCAUUCCUUGGUCAGAAAGAUGGGGAUACUGAGAGGACCUGUGCCAUAGGAUAGUUCUAGCUGAUACAUGAGGAUGUCAGUGCAGAGCCCAGUAGCACAUGGCGUAGCCAUUCAGAUCAACUGGCAUCUACUGAGGGCUGCUACAUCAGUUCCUUUUCCCCAGAAUACUCCAUGCAUGCAUGUCACUUUUUCCAAGAAGCCUCCCUGUCAUACCUCUUUUAUGCUUUGUUAAGUAAUGUCAAAUGA